UUACUUGCCUUACCAUAUACAUACAUAUAGAUAAUGGAAUCUUGGGAGGAUGAAGUUAGGAGAUUCAUGCUAGAGGAGGAAGAAGAGGAUGACGAACUAUUCCUAGUUAUGGUUCCCGCUCUUCAACAGUGUUUAUAUGAGGAGAAAAGGUCGGAGCAUACCUCAACUAUGCCUGGUGCUAAAAAGGUCAUACAAAUCUUGGAAGGCCACGAAAAUUGGUGCAAAGUUGAGUUCAGAAUGGAACCUGAGAUAUUUAGAGUUAUAGCAAAUUAUCUUAGAGUGGAGAACUUAUUACGUGACACCCGUGGUGUUAGAGUUGAGGAGCAGCUAGGAAUGUUUAUGUUCAUGCUCUCUCAUAAUGCAAGCACCGAUAGGCUAAAAAAAGAAUUCCAACAUAGUGGUGAGACAAUUCAUAGGAAAAUAACAGAGUUCUUCGAUAUAAUUCCAGCAUUGACUCAUAUAUUCUUGAAGCUCCCAAAUGUGAGUCAUACAGAUGUGAAGAUUGCAUCAGACUCUCGCUUUAUGCCUUUCUUCUAG